UUGUUUAUUGUUUUGUGUGUUUACAGUGUUGUUGAUGUGUGUUUCUCUGCAGAACGAGCAGCAGUUGGACUGUGCCCUGGACCUGAUGAGGCGCUUGCCUCCGCAGCAGAUCGAGAAGAACCUCAGUGACCUCAUCGACCUGGUGCCCGGUCUGUGUGAAGACCUGCUGUCGUCGGUGGAUCAGCCGCUGAAGAUCGCUCGUGAUAAAGUGGUGGGCAAAGACUAUCUGCUGUGCGACUACAACCGUGAUGGAGACUCCUACAGAUCUCCGUGGAGUAAUAAAUACGAGCCUCCGAUCGACGACGGCGCCAUGCCCUCGGCUCGUCUGCGCAAGCUGGAGGUGGAGGCUAACAACGCCUUCGACCAGUACAGAGACCUGUAUUUCGAGGGCGGGGUUUCCUCCGUGUACCUGUGGGAUCUGGAUCACGGAUUCGCCGGAGUCAUCCUCAUCAAGAAAGCUGGAGACGGCUCCAAGAAGAUCAAGGGAUGCUGGGACUCCAUCCACGUGGUGGAGGUGCAGGAGAAGUCCAGCGGCCGCACGGCUCACUAUAAACUCACGUCUACAGUCAUGCUGUGGCUCCAGACCACCAAAACCGGCUCCGGCACCAUGAACCUGGGCGGCAGCCUCACCCGACAGAUGGAGAAAGACGAGACGGUCAGCGAAUCCUCUCCUCACAUCGCUAACAUCGGCCGCCUGGUGGAGGACAUGGAGAACAAGAUCCGCUCCACUCUCAACGAGAUCUACUUCGGCAAGACCAAGGACAUCGUCAACGGCCUGAGGAGCGUUCAGACGCUGGCGGAUAAAUCGAAGCAGGAGGCUCUGAAGAACGACCUGAUGCACGCUCUUAGCCAACGCAGCAAACAGCAAAGCUAGAGACGAUCCCCUGCCGUCUGUCUGUCUGUCUGUCUCACUCUCUCUGUCUCUCCACCUCACGACUGUCUCCAUCUGCGCAAACAAAGGAAAAAGGAGAAAAGGCUACGCUUUUUGUUUUUGUAUUUCGGCUCGCGUUUCACCUCACCCGUCUCUCUCUCUCUCUCUCUGGUCUGUAAUCAUGUAGUAUUAAGACAGCGUCUGAUUGGCUCUCGGUGACAUCAUCACAGUGGGGGGGGCGGAGCUUUUCUCCCGCCACCAGAAGAACAAGUUUUCUCGUAGUCACGUACGUGCGUCAGGAAUAAACGAGGAGCGGGUGAUUAUAUAUAAAUAUAUAUA